AUGCCUGUCAGUGACCCUAUAGAUGAGAGGCUGAGCCCUGUCAGUGACCCUAUAGAUGAGAGACUGAGCCCUGUCAGUGACCUUAUAGAUGAGAGGCUGAGACCUGUCAGUGACCCUAUAGAUGAGAGGCUGAGACCUGUCAGUGACCCUAUGGAUGAGAGGCUGAGACCUGUCAGUGACCCUAUAGAUGAGAGGCUGAGACCUGUCAGUGACCCUAUGGAUGAGAGACAGACCUAUGAGAGGCUGAGUCCUGUCAGUGACCCUAUAGAUGAGAGGCUGAGACCUGUCAGUGACUCUAUGGAUGAGAGGCUGAGGCCUGUCAGUGACUCUAUGGAUGAGAGGCUGAGGCCUGUCAGUGACUCUAUGGAUGAGAGGCUGAGACCUGUCAGUGAUCCUAUAGAUGAGAGGCUGAGACCUGUCAAUGAGAGGCUGAGGCCUGUCAGUGACCCUAUAGAUGAGAUGCUGAGACCUGUCAGUGACCCUAUAGAUGAGCGGCUGAUGCCUGUCAGUGACCCUAUAGAUGAGACCUGUCAGUGA